GCUCUUUCCUGUUUGGUAUUAUUUGACAGCUUGUGCGACCCUUGUUGUAAUCGACGGUACAAGGUAGGAAGCAUAAAUUCUUGUCAAUUGCUCGAGUUACGAUCUUGUUUCUGAACAGCACUGCUGGGUGGAGGCAGUGACUGUUCGAAAGCCGAUCGUUUUCAUGUCUACGUGAUGCGACUAAGUAGCCAUUGUACUGAAGAAUGAAAAGGAAAUCGACAGUUCUGGGGCUAGUAUGUGGAUGGAUCUAAAUGGACUGCGUCCUUCGGAGGGCGGGUAGUAAGCAUAUUUCCCCCGAGGCGCGAAUGCCGACGUACACACGCGUUCGCUGCCUUUUGAAUGCCAUCACUCUUUUCCCGAAGCAGACGUGUGCAGAGUAAUGUCUAACUUCGAGUAACGAUUAUGGAGCGGCAGCAAGUUCCGGGGAGAUGUGCGACGCUGUGGUUUUGCACGCUGUUGGUGUUGGUAGCAUGUGUCUUCAAAGAAGUUUCACCACAGCUGGCUACUGGCUCCCAUGAAGCGGGUAAGCCAUUCGGUGUCCCUGGACAUCAUGCCCGCGCCAGGCUGAGCAAAGCUAGCGGCGGCGGAGGCCGGUUUGACAGUAAAGGAGAGAAACCCGAUGAUGGGCAACCAGAGAAACCUGGCAGAAGGCCAUCUCAUUCCAACGACGUUAAUGUGGACGAGAUCGCGGACGGGGUUUUCCCGUUUCCCCCACCACGUCAUUCCUCCUCUUCCUCCUCUGGAUACGCUGAUGCUCCCGAGACAGAGAGUUCUUCCUUCUUCUCUAAUUUGCUUGGUUUCGACCCCUCUGAACAAAAGUGGAAGCCACAAGCGUUUUUCGGAGUUCUGUUUGACCUCCCGUCGCUAUCAUCCCUUUUGUCUCGAGGACUGGACGAGUUGGUCAGUUCAGUCCUCCAAGUAGUUCUCCCUUUGCCCGCCGACGGUAUCCCUCGUCAUCGUCGAGGGGAUUUACCGUCACGUUUCGGGUCAAACACGUUUUCCAGAAUAGGUGAAAACGGUUCACGACAUGAGUUUUCGGCGCGACAGCCUGCCGACGGCGGCAGCGGAUCGGCCAAUCUUGGAACAGUCCUUCCCGUUGAUCUCCUGAAUCGUCUCUCCUCUGCAGUUGACGCGUUUCCACAGUUGCUGCUUUACCUGGGGGUCCACCUGCUCUUGUUCGUUGUUGUCUUCCACUCGCGGCGGCGGCAGACUCUGCAACUGCUCCUCUUGAUUUUUUUGUCUUUCCUUCUCCUGUGUUCCAAGCAUGUCAGUGACGUUUGUGAACGCUUGCUAUACAUCUACGGCGACAGUGUCGCGUUUUGCCACCUUUUUUCUCUCUCGACUGAAGAGGGACAGCAGUUUCUGCUGCUUCUCUGGUGUUUACCUCUCCUAUCUUGCUUGAUGACGCUCGCGGGGCUGCUCCUCUGGGAGUUGAUCAGCUCUGUUUUUCUCCUCGCUAAAUGGAAGAAGCAAGCUGUCCGGAAGGCGCAGCAACGACAAAGUGGAAAACACUGCGAAACACAGGGGCAAGUGUCGGACCAGGGUAGAUCGUUCAAUCGCGCAAGCGAUGGGGACCCGAAGUGCCGGGAGAAGACUGAAUAACAAAAAACUUAAGGAAAGAAAAGAGCGGCCUCGGAUACGUGGAACGUUGCGUUUUUCGUGUGGAGCCUUCGGGAAAAGGUUUGUCACGUUUUGAGACGGGAGGAAACAUUCCCUUCGAUCUCCUGAGUUACCCCGUGCGCCCUGUAACAAAAUCGCUGUUGCCCUUUUGUGGACUUCUGACAGACGCAGGUGAAAGCGGGGACCCCAAGCAGUUGCAUGCCGUAAUUUCUCUUGAAUUCCACCAGAGAAUGAGUUAGUUUGCUUUCACGUGCACAGAACUGACGAUCAUCGAAAACUCGGGCUCCAUACCUCCAAGUCGCGACGAAGCGAAAAGCGUUGCUUGAGAGGAACAAGCAGAUUGUAAAUAUUGGACGAA